AUGUCCUACUCUUCGAUGGCAGUGCGAUUUUUCACUGCUCCUAAACCGCUCGGUGCUGCUAUGGACGACCACAGCAAACAGUCCGGUGCCGAGUCUCAAGGCCAGACGGUCAUGAGACCGAAUGUGUCAACCAAGCAGCCAUCUUCCGAGGUUGCCGCUCCUCACACCCCACUCAAGCAGGGCUUGACCUUCGCAAAUCAAGAAUCGUUGCCUAAGCUGCCUAUUCCUGAUCUAGAGGAUACAUGUCGCCGGCAUUUGGAUGCCCUGCAGGCUUUACAAAGCCCCCGGGAACAUGAAGACACUAAGGCUGCCGUUCGUGACUUUUUGAAGAAUGAUGGUCCUCUUCUGCAAGAACGAUUGAAGACUUAUGCUGGAUCUAAAACCAGUUACAUCGAGCAAUUUUGGUACGAUUCUUAUUUGAAUUUUGAUAAUCCCGUCGUUCUGAACCUCAACCCGUUCUUCCUUUUGGAAGAUGAUCCAACUCCCGCCAGAAACCACCAAGUGACUCGAGCUGCAUCACUGGUGAUUUCGGCUUUGGCAUUUGUUCGAGCAGUGCGUCGGGAGGAGCUGCCUCCCGAUACUGUUCGAGGAACACCACUUUGCAUGUAUCAAUAUUCGCGACUAUUUGGUACCGCACGUCUGCCAACCGAGAAUGGUUGUGUUAUCAGCCAAGAUCCUUCGGCCAAACACAUGGUUGUCAUGUGUCGUGGUCAAUUCUAUUGGUUCGAUGUUCUGGAUGACAACAGCGAUCUCAUCAUGAGUGAAAAGGACAUUUCACUCAAUCUGCAGGUCAUCAUCGAAGACGCUGCACAAACACCAAUUCACCAUGCGGCCAAGGGUGCACUGGGUGUGCUUAGUACGGAAAACCGGAAAGUCUGGUCCGGGCUACGGGAUAUCAUGACCAAGGACUCCAGAUCUAACAACGCUGAAUGCUUGAACAUCGUUGAUACCGCUCUGUUUGUUUUGUGUUUGGAUGAUACAGAGCCUUCUACUACCGCUGAACUAUGUGCAAACAUGCUUUGUGGCACGAGCGAAGUGAUCAAGGGCGUUCAGGUUGGAACUUGUACCAACCGUUGGUAUGACAAGCUGCAGAUUAUUGUCUGCAAGAACGGUAGCGCGGGUAUCAACUUUGAGCACACUGGCGUGGACGGACAUACGGUACUCCGUUUUGCCAGCGAUGUGUAUACCGACACCAUUCUCCGCUUUGCGAAGACCAUCAAUGGCCAAGCUCCAAGUCUAUGGGCAACGAGCAGCCCCGACCCAGCCAAGCGCGACCCAAGCAGCUUCGGCAAUGUCAGCACAACACCCCGCAAAUUAGAGUGGGACAUGACACCAGAGCUCAACAUUGCGCUUCGCUUUGCUGAAUCUCAUCUUUCUGAUCUCCUCUAUCAACAUGAAUUCCAGGUUCUCGAUUUCGAAGGCUUCGGAAAGAACUUCAUCACCUCGAUGGGCUUUUCGCCAGACGCUUUUGUGCAAAUGGCUUUCCAAGCUGCCUACUACGGUCUCUAUGGGCGAUUGGAGAACACUUAUGAGCCAGCAAUGACAAAAAUGUUUUUGCACGGCCGCACCGAGGCGGUUCGCACUGUAACGCAAGAGUGCAUGGACUUCGUCACGGCUUUCUGGGGUGAGAACGCUGCCGAGCAGAAGGUAGACGCUCUUAGAGCCGCAACUCAAAAGCAUACCGCAGCCACCAAAGACUGCUCAAAGGGCCAGGGUCAAGACCGUCAUCUUUAUGCUCUUUACUGCCUCUGGCAACGCUCCUUCGACGAUGGCUUCUUCCCCGAAACAAGCUCAACGGGCGGCUACUCCAGCCCUGGCGAGGCCUCUCAGACACAAAGCCAAGGUCCCGAGUCACCAAGACUCUCCUCUUCCCCCUCAGAUGACGGUCUGUACUCACCCGGCAGUGCACGCGCUUAUCGCACAACCGCUCCAACGCCAGCAAUCUUCGCCGACGCAGGCUGGGACAAGAUCAACAACACAAUUCUCUCAACUUCCAACUGCGGAAACCCCUGCCUUCGUCACUUCGGAUUCGGUCCCACGUCCGCAGACGGUUUUGGAAUCGGAUAUAUCAUCAAGGACGACUCGAUCUCUUUCUGUGCUUCAUCGAAACAUAGACAAACGGGCCGUCUGAUGCAUACGCUUGAACAGUACUUGUUCGAAAUCCGCAAGCUGUUGCGUACAACGAAUCGCAAGACAACGAGCCCGCGAACCAGCCGCGCCCGUGAGACCGAGGCUCUCGCGGAGACUUUGCAAUCUGAGAACCAUCGUCGGGGACGUAUUGUUCGUGGUGGGGGUAUGGGUGGUGCUGAUACACCUACUUCUGCGGCGGAGAGCUCUUAUAUUGAAGAUGAUGGCAUGGGAGGAUAUGGCUUCUUCGAUGCCGGAAUGCUGCUUCAUGCUCUCAAGGGACUUGGUGCGGAUCGUGAGUCGCGAGAGAAACCUGCUAAGAGAAGGUUUGUUGGGAAGAAACUUCAUCUCAAUGAAUAUUGA